AUGGGCAAUCUAUUUUGCCGAACUAUUCCUUCUGCUGAGGUCAUUGGCAGCGAUCUGAGUCCUCAGCCAUCGGAAGUUCCGUCAAAUGUGAAGUUUUGCGUUCAUGAUAUUGAGGACGAAUGGGUAUAUGAGACUCCAUUCGACUUCAUCCAUGUCCCUAUUACUAAGCCUGGAGGCUGGGUGGAAUUUCAAGACUGGGAUAACUCAAUAACGUCUGAAGAUGGAACCACCAAGGGCACGGAAAUUGAGAGGCAUAGCAUGGAAGUAAUAGAUGCUUCUGAGAAAGCCGGAUAUCAUGCAAAUCCAGGGCCGUUCCUAGAACAGUGGUUCCACGAAGCAGGAUUUGUGGACGUCCAUGUUCAGAAAUAUCGCGCAAAUUGGAAACUGGCUCAGAGAUCCAUAUUACCUUCUACUAACUUCAAGCAGAAAAGAAUUGGCGAUUGGAAUUUGCUCCAGGCAGAGCAAGGUUUCCAAGCAGCUGCCACGGAGAUAUUGACGAAAUUUGAAUCAUGGUCCUUUGAAGAGGUAAUCGUUCUUACAGCUGGGGCUUUGAAUGACAUCCAUAACCCAGGGAUCCAUGCACUGGUUGAUUUUUACGUUGUAUACGAUAUUGAACAAAGCCAGGAGCAAAGAUUGCUAGCUACCCUAUCAUGUUAA